AUGGGCCAUAAUCUGCGUGCAUCAAGAAGGCACAAGUCACUACGAUUUAAUGUGUACUUUGGUCGCAGACCGAAUCAACUCACGGACUACAACGAGCCAGUGACCGCACCCAGUACAACAGUAUCUUGGGAAAAGCCACUGCAUAAUCUAGAAGAAGCCGUCAGGCCACAACUAGAUAGUAUUGCUGCGCAAUAUCAAGAGAAGAUGUGCGCAUCAUUCGACCGGCAGUACCAAAAGAAGGAGAGCAAUGGGUAUUUGACUGUAACCUUGGUGGGACUAAAGCCCCCCGAAAAUUCUGACUCGGUCAGUGAUGAGCUACUUGGACUUGUGAAAAGAGCCAGUACUACGGAAGCAUUCACUUCCAAUAAUCACGUACAACCAAACGAGGAAACUCAACUAUCCUCGAUACUCGACGACAGGCCGUCCACCCGAGGAGGUGGAACCCAGGAAACCUACUGCAAUGAACAGAUGGGGAGUUACAACAUAACGUCAACGCCAUCGACGCAAACGAAAGCAGUCAAGGCCAAAGAAGCCUAA